AAACUCGUGAAACAAAAGCCUCUAAUUCUAACCUUUCUUUUUCAUUUGUCCCGUUAUGUAGUCAUAAUUCAUAAACCCCUUUAUCUUUUUAAUUUCCCAAAUUUCUUUUACAAAUUUUUUUCCAAGUUGUUUCCUUUCCUUUUCGAUGUUCAUGAUCUUGAUUUUCCUUCUGCGGACCCCACAAAACCCAACUCCAUAAGUUAUGCAAUUUCUAUGUUUGAUCAAAGCAAGGGUUUGAUUUCCUUUUUGGCCUAUAUGAUUUCCUUUCUGUCUCUUCAAAAUUCUCUCAAAGUUUGUUGAUUACUUUAUUCCAAUCUUGAUAUCAAAUUUUUUUGGUUACUAGAAAAUAAAAGAAAACCCCUUUUUGUUUGAGAUUACAAAGCCUCAUCAUUUGGCAAUCAAAAUUGCAUUCCAAGAAACCACUUUUUGUGGGUUUUUUUGGAAAUCCAUUUCGAAAAUCAACUAAAUGUGGAAUAUGAAGAAAUCCAAUAUGACUAUCGUCGUUAAGAGUUACAUCUUUUUGUGGGUGUGGUUCUAAAUCCCUACGUUUCUCUCAGAACUUUCGACGAACAUUUUGUGGGUAUUGUGAGCGUUUCUUUGUUGAUAUCUUCAAAUUACAUUGGAAAAUGGGGUGUGUUCAUGGGAAGUGUUGUAUCAGUUUUCCUAAAUCCUCAAGUGGUGAUGACAAGGAAGAAUUGGAUGUAUUUAGGGGUAAGAAUACGUAUAUACUUGCUAACAGUUCUUUAGAGGUUGUGGAUGUUCCUUCACAAAAUUACAGGUUAGAGUAUUCCAUGCUUACGCACCGUGGGUAUUAUCCUGAAACCCCUGAAAAGGACAAUCAAGAUAGUUAUUGUAUUAGAACAAAGAUUCAAGGCAACCCGGAUGCACAUUUCUUUGGUGUGUUUGAUGGGCAUGGACAGUUUGGCUCACAGUGCUCGAAUUUCGUCAAGGAUAGGCUGGUGGAAAUUUUGUCGAAUGAUGCUACAUUAUUUGAUGAUCCUGUUAAGGCCUAUAAAGCUGCAUUUUUGUCAACAAAUGAUGAACUUCACAGUAGUGAUAUAGAUGAUUCCAUGAGUGGUACAACGGCUAUUACAGCUUUGGUCAUCGGGGAUGGACUAUACGUAGCAAAUGUGGGUGAUUCUCGAGCAGUGAUUGCUAUCAAGGACGGAAACAGAGUUCUUGCUAAAGAUCUGUCAUAUGACCAAACGCCAUUCAGGAAAGAUGAAUGUGAGCGGGUGAAGCUUUUUGGGGCUCGAGUUCUGAGCGUUGAUCAAGUGGAAGGGCUUAAGGAUCCAGGAAUUCAGUCUUGGGGGGAUGAGGAAACUCAGGGGGGUGAUCCACCAAGGUUGUGGGUGCAAAAUGGGAUGUAUCCUGGAACUGCAUUUACACGAAGUAUUGGAGAUAGCACGGCUGAGAAGAUUGGUGUGGUUGCUGAUCCAGAGGUGUUAACAGUGCAGCUUACACCUAGCCAUCCAUUCUUUGUUGUUGCAAGUGAUGGGGUUUUUGAGUUCCUAUCCAGCCAAAAUGUGGUGGACAUGGUGACUAAGCAUGCUGAUCCCAGGGAUGCAUGUGUUUCCAUUGCCAGAGAAUCGUACAAAUUAUGGUUAGAGCACGAAAACCGGACUGACGAUAUAACUAUCAUCAUUGUACACGUUAAAGACUUGACUUGACGACAACUGUAUAAAUCAUCUGAUUCUUACUUUAGUGGUUGCUUCUCUCAUAAAAAUUCCAGUUCUCCAUUCCGUUAUAUGUAGCUUGCAGUUAUAAUCCAAAAAUGCAUACUUUGACUCCAAGGUGUUUUGUCUUGUUUUGUGCUAUGCAUUCACCACAUGAACGAUGUUUUAUAAUUAGAAUAUCAAAAGACCGGAUGCUGUUUUCC